AUGGAAGAGGUCCAAAAUAAGUGGUGGAACAACGAUGGUUCAACAGUAGCUGUCUUGCAAGCUGUGUUUUGGUAUAUGUCACCAUCAGAUCUGAGCCGAGCCGCCGCCGUUUGUCAGAUGUGGCGCCGCGUUGCCUCUGCCGAUUUCCUAUGGCGUCAUUCUUUGAUGCCACACAUCUCACCGGACGCUCUGCGCACACUACGAAACACAUCGGCGAAUAACCAACACAUAGCAUCAUGGCAGGCGUGGAGCUGGCGACGCGAGGGAGCACUGGCGACAGCGCAAUGGACACGGCGUGCGAAGUUGCAACCCACGGCCGGCGCACCUCUCUUGCACGUUGCUAUAGACAAGACUGGCACUCAUCUCGCACUGCUCGCUGAACAAGCUCAGCUUUCUAUAUGGGAGCGAGAUGACAGCCACGACGUCGCCGGCUGGCAUGAGGUGUUGAGCAAACGCGUUAGCGACGAAUGGGGAGUCAAAGGGGCCGCCGAGUGGGCACCAAACCGUCGGCGCCUGCUUAUCGGUGGCCCACUCAUACUGGCUGACCGUUGGGAAUUCCUUGUGCUUGAUUUUACAGCGGACUGGCACUGUUCAGUGGUCUGUCGCGCGUCGAGUUCACCUGGCACGUGGCCAAACUGGUUAGACGACGCUCACUUCAUCACAUUGCACGCGCGUCUUGCUGCCCCUCAUUGCGCAACGACCACUGUCUGUAUCAAUGCAACUACACAGGGAACCCAUUCGGAGUACGUUGGCGUAGUAGCGCCAUUACUUCGCAUCUACAACGAGGCCGGUGCCAACAUCACACACACUCUUGUUGUAGAUUUGCCUGAGUCUACCCCUGAGGAUGGUCAGCAUGAUGAAUCUCCCAUACAAUGUAGAGAGCCUCACGCAUUUUAUUAUCGCUGCUUACGAGAGAAAAGCGGUUCGGGGCAGCGCUACCUCAUAGUGAGUGGAGGGUUACGUGGAGGAAUACGUGGCGCAGCGCGCGCAUUACUCGGCUGGCACUUACCAGCCUCGUUUGACAUGCCACCCGUAUUUCUUCGGGAGGGGAUUGCCGAGCGACUUCUCGCGCGCCGACAGCGCGAAGCGGAGCCCCCAGAAGAGCCCCCUGGGGAGGAGGCCCUGCGAGCGUUGUGCUCACUCCCUGAUGCCAGCUGUCCGCUCCCCGCCACUGUGAUUGGCCUGGUUUUGCACCCGUCGGGCAGAAGCGUUUGGGUGACAACCACAGAAGGCAUAGCUUGCGUAUCACUGCCCGCGUUGCAGCCUGCAUUGUGGCUGCCAUUAGGUCCUAAAGGUGCUUCGUUAUACAGAGUGCAGCCACACGCCGAUCAUGACUAUGUGGUUAGUCCGCUGGGUGGAGGUUCAGGUGCUGUACAAGUGUGGUCAGUGAGAAGUGGGGUCUACAACGCCUCGCUUACCCAUGAAACUCCGGCUCUAGCUGCACUGCUGCCUCCGUCGCCACCCUCGGCUCACGCCCUACUCGUCCUUACCACGGAGGCGUUACAUGUUUGUAAAAUCUGA